AGUUCAGACGCGUCCGCCCAUACGUCACACGUGCGAAAGUUGUGUUCACUUUUCAAUUGCCUUUGUUUAUUGUAUUUUAAAAUAUCAACAAUGACCACCGAAGUUGCAAGCACCGUUGUUGAGGAAGAAGAUUAUGGAGAUUGUCAAGGACAAGCAAAACUCAUCAAAACUUUGGAGGGUAAUGGCAUCACAGCUGGUGAUAUUAAAAAAUUGGAAGAAGCUGGAUACUUCACAGUUGAAUCUGUGGCCUAUACUCCGAAAAAAGUUUUGAUGGCUAUUAAAGGUAUCAGUGAAGGAAAAGCUGACAAAAUUCUUCAAGAAGCUUCAAAAUUGGUUGCAAUGGGAUUCAAAACCGCAGCUGAAGUUCACAUGAUCAGAGCAAAUAUUGUUUAUAUAACUACAGGUUCUGCUGAAUUAGAUCGUCUAUUAGGAGGUGGCAUAGAAACUGGAUCAAUCACUGAGAUUUUCGGAGAAUUCAGAACAGGAAAAUCGCAACUAUGUCACACUUUAGCUGUUAAUUGUCAACUACCUGUUGAUAUGGGAGGUGCUGAAGCAAAGUGUAUCUAUAUUGAUACUGAAGGUACUUUUAGGCCUGAACGUUUAAUUGCUGUUGCUGAACGCUAUAAUAUUAAUGGCGACAGUGUUCUCGACAAUGUAGCUACUGCACGAGCUUAUAAUUCAGAUCAUCAGACUCAGCUACUGAUAAAAGCUAGUGCUAUGAUGUCUGAGUCUAGAUAUGGUUUGUUGAUAGUAGACAGUGCUACUGCACUGUACCGAACCGAUUUUGCUGGAAGAGGUGAAUUAGCAGCUCGGCAAAUGCAUUUAGCCAGAUUUCUCAGAUUACUCCUUCGAUUAGCUGAUGAAUUUGGAUGUGCAGUAGUUAUUACUAAUCAAGUGGUGGCAUCAGUGGAUGGAGCAGCUAGUAUGUUUGGAGGUGAUCAGAAGAAACCCAUUGGAGGCAACAUUAUUGCUCAUGCUAGCACCACAAGACUUUAUUUGCGUAAAGGUAGAGGUGAAACGAGAAUUUGUAAAAUUUAUGAUUCUCCUUGCCUACCUGAGAGUGAAGCCACGUUUGCCAUUAAUGCUGACGGAAUUGGUGAUGUCAAAGAAUGAUUCUAUCAAAUUUUCUUGCUGAAUAAAUUAAAAUUUCUAUUAAAAAGUUCAGAUUAACCACUCAAAUAUUUAUGUGAUUGUAAUUUAGUAAAUUACAUUAAGUUAUUUGUAGUUAAAUUUAAAUAUUCCUAAUAAACAGUAGUGCUUUUUUAAAACUUUAAAUAAGAAUAAUUAUACUGACAAAAAUUAAUAAUUAGACUGAUUAUAUUAUAUCUGGAUUAUAAGGUAUCAUGAAAAAAAAAUUUUAACCAUAAGUUUAAUGAUAUAUCUUUAACAAAUGUAAAUAAAUAUAAGAUUAAA